CUGCGCUACUCUACAGUCUGCGGAAGCAGGGGAGGACGGUGCAAAUUCCCAACGAGCUCCGGGAUUCAAUCCGCUGCCAAGGCACUCACCAGUCACCACUUCGGGGAAAAAAGGCUUAUCUUUGAAAGAGCUCGAGCACUGUGUCUGUUGUAAAAUUCGUUCGUUUCCGUUGUCUCGGAAAAGCAACAUGCUGGUAUAGUAAAUAUAGGGCAAAUAGUUGUUUUUUUAUUCCUUCCAAGCGCACAUUUCUGUUGGCUUUUUAUCUGAAUAAUUAUUUAUUUUCGUGGAUAUUUUGAUUAUUUUCUUCCACGGUGGAACGUGCGGAGCACGAUGUGCACAUGCGGUGGGAUGCUCAGGGUUCUCCUGACAGUUCUCAGUUGAGUGGUGGAGAUUUGAUCGGUAAACAUUCGCUUGUUUUGUUUUUACACAAUAUAUACAUAAUUUAUGAACGAAUGAAAAAAUACCAAGAAGGACUGCAAAGAUUCGACAGUGAUCUUUUUUUCAAAGAGUUGUGCGUGCAGUCUUCUGCAUGGUUGCUAUAACCAACAUCUCAUUGCCAUUUUAAUUUGUUUAAUUGAACUUUUCCAUCCGAAGUGCCACUGUUAGCAUCAUUUCCGUAUCAUGUAUUCACAUUUCAAUACAAUUCCGCAAUUGAGACUCGGCUAGUUUAGCCUAAAUAUCCAGCUUAUUUCCGUACCGUUAUUGGACCGAGGAGAGUGCACAGACCCGACGGAGACAUGGCUAAAAACCCGUCCGAGGGACCCAAUGAGCCAGAUCUGAAUCAGCUACCGGACGAAGAGCUGCUGCAAUGGGGCAAGGAGCAGCUGGUCAACAGGCUAAGGAGAGUGGACAGCGAGAAGUUAUACCUGAUGAUCGAGCACGGCAACAUGAUGAAAGACGUUAACCGGAGGCUGCAGGUGCACCUGCACGAGAUCCGCAACCUGAAGGAGAUCAACCAGAAGCUCCAGGACGACAACAACGAGCUGCGCGAGCUCUGCUGCUUCCUGGACGACGACCGGCAGAAGGGCAAGAAGCUGUCCCGGGAGUGGCAGCGGUUUGGCCGGUACUCCGCGAACGCCAUGUGGAAGGAGGUGGGCACCUACCAGCUGAAGCUCAAAGAGCUCGAGGCCAACCAGGAGACAGUGGUGCGAGAGAACACGGACCUGAAGGAGAUCAUCUUCAUGCUGGAUGAGGAGAGGAACGGAGCCGGUUCCCGGAGCUCCAUAGACUCUCAGUCCAGCCUCACCAACCUGAACGGCGGGACAGGGAUAGUUCGGGACUUCGGGGAUGGCAGUAGUACCUCCAGCACGGGGAGCGCAGGUAGCCCUGACCACCACCACAGCCACAACCACAUACACAAGCUGCCCGCAGAGAGGGAGGGCAAGCUGGGCAACACCUUCCAGAGGAGGUCCAUGGACGACCUGUCAGGGCCACACCAUCACAGGAGCAUCCCUAAUGGACUCAAUGACUCCUCCACUAACUACAUCAGACAGCUGGAGACCAAGAUGAGGAUAUUGGAAGACGACAACAACAAGCUUUUGACGCAGCAGUGUAACCCAGGGGACCUGCGUGUCCUGAGGAAGGGGAUGACCCUGUACCAUUCUGAGUCUCAGCUGUCAUCCCUGCCACAACGCCAGGACGCACUGCACAACGGCACGGUUAGUCGUCUCCCCACCAGCGAGUCAACCCCGGUAACAGGCUACCUGUCCUGUGUUCAGAAACCAGAGGCUGUGGUCCACGCCAUGAAGGUGUUGGAGGUGCACGAGAACCUGGAUAAGAAGCAGGUCCCAGAGGACUACGAGGAGGAUCUGAGUGAGAAGGAAAAAGCCAUCGUUAGAGAGAUGUGUAACGUGGUGUGGAGAAAGCUGGGCGACGUGGCAGGAUCUAAGCCGUCUAUCAGACAGCAUCUCUCUGGUAACCAGUUCAAAGGCCCCAUGUAGUCCAUAGCAACCAGAGAGGGAGAAAGAGAGAGAGACCUUCCUACAUGCUCUCCAUUCCUACUACCUACACUACCCAUAACACCAUUCUCCCACUGACUAUAGGUCCCAUCACCCACCAUUCUCCUGGGAUAUGUGACUGGACAUCAUACGACCCAGGAAAACUACAGAAUGGACCUCUCCAUCUCUCCCUCACCACUAGUCAACUCCCCAUACACACACAUUUCGUUUGAACUUCCAGUGUUGUUGAUAACUGGCAGCUAGUUCCACUGAUUUGCCACUUUCCUUGUAUUACAGAUUUUUAGGUUUAUAGUUAGACAGGCUUACACUUUACACAGUGCUGAUGACUAUUACAGACCAAACUCUCAUGUUGUUUUGUUUUAUGCUAAAAAAAGACAGAAACUCAGAUGAGAGCUAUAGGAUCUCUAGGAUGUUAAAGUGACGCUGUGAUAAUGUCAGAUAUGGUUACAUUUUGGGUUACAAGUGUGUCGUAUGGACAAAUCUAGGAUCAGCUUCAUCCAUCUUCAAUCCUGAUCUUGAGCCUUUAGAGGUAAUGUACAGAACUGACCAUGGAUCAGUGUCCAGGAGCAAUGUCACCCCACUCCUUCAUAGUACUUCCCAAUAAAAAAAACCAGCUAGCUCCUCUGUUAGUUAUGCUUUGCCUUUAUCUGGUUGAUUAGCAUAAUUAGCAUUAGCUAAUGCUAGCCUUAGCGUAAUUAGCCAUAGCUAAUGCUGGCUUUAGCAGAAUUAGCAUUAGCUAAUGCUAGCCUUAGCGUAAUUAGCAUUAGCUAAUGCUAGCCUUAGCGUAAUUAGCCAUAGCUAAUGCUGGCUUUAGCAGAAUUAGCAUUAGCUAAUGCUUGCCUUAGCAGAAUUAGCAUUAGCAUCCAAAGUGUUAAUACGUGAUACCCAUUGUGAUAUGAUACAUAGCACCCUAUGCUCAUAAGAGAAGUCUAUUAUUAAUACAGUACUAUUAUAGAGAUCACUUUUAAAACUAGUGUAAAGUAUGUAAACAAAAAAAACAUAGCACUGCAUUGUUGUUGUUAUCGUUUAUUUUGAGCUUUUUGUUUUUUAUUAUUAUUCUAGCGUGGCCAUGUGUUAUAAACGGACUGUUUUGUGGGUUUUAUGUUUUACAAAAGCACACAACUGAACAGGGUUCUUUCUACGGUAACCAGUCAUCUUUUUACCGUAGUUGGUUGAAACAAAUGAUUACUUCAUCUCCCCUGUAAACAUAUCAAGGCCAUUUUAAAUCUAAACCGUCUCAGCCAAGAGUCAAUGUUUUGGUUUUUUAUUACUAAAAUGUACAAGGUUGUGUCUGCUCUAAGACAAUCAUGUUUCUCAGGUUGGGAAAUAACGAGAGCUUUCCCCCGACCCUGUGGCUCCUCUGUGGAUAUGGUGGGGAUUCUAUGUUGACGUUUGGCCAGGCUGCCUGUGUGUAACAGACUGAUGACACCUGGUUACUACAGGGUUGGAGACUGCUGAACACAUUUUAUUGCAUUCAUUUUAUAUGAAAUAAUACGUUUCAUAAAUCUCCAUGACAGAAUGUUUCAGAAAUGUUCUCUGAAACUUGAAGGAUUUUAUGCUACUGUCAUAAAGGGUAGAUCAGACUAAUUUGGCUAUUUUUGGUCAUCAGUAACUAUUGCAUUAAUCAAACCACUGUACAACACAGUAUUUUAAUUGAAAGCUAAGAAAGUUGUCAAAUAAAUGGAAUGCUUUUCAUUUCAAUUAGCAUAAUAUGACUGUGUUGUUAGCCAUGGUGCAUACUGCAGAUGAGUUUCAGCAGUGGACUGUGCAUGUUUUGUAGAAAAUUAUUUCUGUUGGAAUGUGAGAAAGAGCAAGUCUUCCCAUGGAUGCUUUUGGAUACAGCCACGUUUUAACGAAUUAUAAUGAUGUCAGAUGAAAUAAUAAGGACUGUUAUGAUCAAACUGUUCAAGGCUAUUUAUUGCCAGGUGUUUCGAUAAAAAAAAAUGGGGAGAGCUAUCCAAUAAUAGGGCUGUCAUGUGAUUGGCCAGUUUAAGAUUUUGACCUAUCAGGAGAUUUGGAUUGGUAUCCAGGUCUUUUGAUUGGGCAAUUGGGAAUGAUUGACAGCUCAAGCUCUCCUGGCUCUAGUAUUAGUUUUUCCAAAUUAGAACAUUGAGGCUUCUGACCGUACAUUCUUACGAUUCGUCCUCCUCGGGUUCUCUAAUAGGGUCUACUACAACAACAAAAAAGAAAAUGAAAGUAUGGAUUUUCAAAAAGUGUCCUUUUUUUCUAGGAACAACUGAUUUGAAGCUAUGAUGAUAUGAUGAUAUAAUGAUAUGUUAUAAUGAUAUAAUGCUUUUCAGUCUGGCAUUUUGAUUUGAGAUGUGCCACAUUUUUCUCUGCAUGGGAUUUUGAGUUGGAACCUGUGUUUUGAACUUUGUUGUAUUUUUCAAAUUCUGUAUAUAUGUGCUAAACUAGAAGUCACGAUGAUCCUAGAACCUAGUCUGCAUCUCAAAAUAGCAAUAUAUUCCCUAGUGCACUACUUUCGACCACUGCCUUGUGCUGACCCUGGUCAUAUGCAGUGUGCUAUAUAGGGAAUAGGUUGUUAUUUCAGACACAGACCCUACAGUGUUUAAUGCAAACUAUUCCUAAAGCAACUAGCAUGAAUGUAAACGUUUUUGUCUUCCCAUGGUGAUAGUUAAAAUUAAAAUAAAAAAGUAAUUGAACUAGGUCACUUUUAGAUGAUUUUGAGAAAAAAAAUAAACAAUUACUCUCU